AUGCCUUUGCAGUAUCACAAAAUCCACCCCACCCUCGUGACUGCCAGAUGGCUCCAGAUGAGGGGGCUGGCCCUGCCCAGGAACAGCGUGGACCUGUGGCCAUCAGUCGGCGCCCGGAUGCACCCGAUGGUGUUUAGGGGAAGGAAUUGUUUAAGAAAGAUCUGUGCAAACAGGCACAGGAGGGGAUUGCGGGCUAGGAUCAGCGUUCCUGGCUUUCACCGUGGUGCCUCUCGUCGCGCAAAGCCUGAAGGGUCCAACUGGCUGCGCAGUCUCAGCCUCUGGCUGGGACACCCGAGGCAAGGAAUGACACCACCCCUCCGAGGGUCUGGAAGGUCUGAGGCCGCUUGCGUAGGGCAGCAGGCGGGGCCGUAAGGACGUCCGCGCCCCGCCUCCGCCCCCCCCGCCCCCCCCCCCCCGCCAGCCCCCGGCAGCCGGGUCCACCUUAGGGGCGCGCUGACAUCAGCGCGCCGCCGCCGCCGCCGCCUGUUGGGUGGGAUUUCCUCCUCCUCCUCCGCCGCCGCCGCCGCCGCCGCGGGUCCUGCGCCGCGUCCAGCCCGCCUGCCCGACCCCGGCCCGACCCCGGCCGGCCCCGCCCGCCCGGCCCCGGGGAGGGAUGCGGCGGCGCGGCGCCCAGGAUGCCCCGCAGCCCCGGGACGCGCCUCAAACCCGCCAAGUACAUCCCGGUGGCCACGGCCGCCGCGCUUUUGGUCGGCUCCAGCACCCUCUUCUUCGUGUUCACGUGCCCGUGGUUGACAAGAGCUGUAUCCCCAGCUGUUCCUGUCUACAAUGGCAUCAUCUUCCUCUUUGUCCUGGCCAAUUUCAGCAUGGCCACCUUCAUGGAUCCUGGCGUCUUCCCCCGAGCGGACGAGGACGAGGACAAAGAAGACGACUUCCGGGCCCCACUGUACAAGAAUGUGGACGUGCGGGGCAUCCAGGUUCGCAUGAAAUGGUGUGCCACGUGCCACUUCUACCGCCCACCACGCUGCUCACACUGCAGUGUCUGUGACAACUGUGUCGAGGAUUUUGACCACCACUGCCCCUGGGUCAACAAUUGCAUUGGGCGCCGGAACUACCGCUACUUCUUCCUGUUCCUGCUGUCACUCAGUGCACACAUGGUGGGCGUCGUGGCCUUUGGCCUGGUCUACGUGCUGAACCAUGCCGAGGGGUUGGGAGCUGCCCACACCACCAUCACCAUGGCUGUCAUGUGUGUGGCUGGCCUCUUCUUCAUUCCUGUCAUCGGCCUCACUGGUUUCCACGUGGUGCUGGUUACUCGGGGGCGCACCACUAAUGAGCAGGUGACUGGGAAGUUUCGUGGGGGUGUGAACCCCUUCACCCGAGGCUGCUAUGGGAACGUGGAGCACGUGCUAUGCAGCCCCUUGGCACCCCGGUACAUGGUGGAACCACCCCGGUUGCCACUCUCAGCGAGCUUGAAGCCACCCUUCCUUCGACCUGAGCUCCUGGAGCGAGCUGCACCACUCAAGGUCAAGCUUAAUGACAAUGGGCUGAAGGCAGGACUGGGCCGCAGCAAGUCUAAGGGCAGUCUGGACCGGCUGGAUGAAAAGCCACUGGACCUGGGGCCACCACUGCCCCCCAAGAUAGAGGCCAGCACCUUUGGAGGUGACCUGAAGACCCCACGGCCUGGCAGUGCUGAGAGUGCCCUGUCAGUGCCGAGGACCAGCCCCCCGACACCUGCCAUGUACAAAUUCCGGCCAACCUUCCCCACCGGUCCCAAGGCGCCAUUCUGUGGGCCUACUGAGCAGGUCCCAGGCCCUGACUCCCUGACUCUGGGGGAUGACAGCACCCACAGCCUGGACUUUGUGUCCGAGCCCAGCCUGGACCUCCCAGACCAUGGGCCCAGUGGCCUGCACUCAGUCUACCCACCGUCCCCACCACUUAGUGCCACUGAUGCCUUCUCAGGCGCUUUGCGCUCCCUGAGCCUCAAGGCUGCCAGCCGGCGGGGUGGGGACCACGUGGCCCUGCAGCCCCUACAUUCUGAGGGUGGUCCUCCCACACCCCACCGGGGCCUCUUUGCCCCCCAUGCACUACCCAACCGAAAUGGCAGCCUGUCCUAUGAUAGCCUGCUUAACCCUGGCUCACCCAGUGGCCACACAUGCCCAGCACACCCCUCUGUUGGUGUACCAGGCUACCGCUCACCCUACCUACACCCUGGGGCAGCAGGUGACCCACCACGGCCCCCACCCCGCAGCUUUAGUCCUGUGCUGGGUCCCCGACCUCGGGAGCCCUCACCAGUACGCUAUGACAACCUGUCGAGGACCAUCAUGGCCUCCAUCCAGGAACGCAAGGACAGGGAGGAGCGUGAGCGGCUACUGCGCUCCCAGGCUGACUCGCUCUUUGGCGACUCUGGAGUCUAUGAUGCACCCAGCUCCUACAGCCUGCAGCAGGCCAGUGUGCUGUCUGAGGGUCCUCGUGGCUCUGUGUUGCGCUAUGGCUCCAGAGAUGACCUUGUGGCUGGGCCUGGCUUUGGUGGUGCCCGCAACCCUGCCUUGCAGACAUCACUGUCCUCACUGUCAAGCUCUGUGAGCCGGGCACCACGGACAUCCUCCUCCUCCCUGCAGGCCGACCAGGCCAACAACAACACCCCUGGGCCCCGGCCUGGCAGCGGCUCACACAGGUCACCUGUGCGUCAGGGUUUGCCCUCCCCGCCUGGCACUCCCUGCUCACCCUCCUACGUGGGCCCCAAAGCUGUCGCCUUCAUCCACACGGACCUCCCGGAACGGCCACCCUCACUGGCUGUGCAGAGGGACCACCCUCAGCUGAAGACCCCCCCAAGUAAGCUAAACGGGCAGUCCCCAGGCUUGGCCCGACUGGGGCCUGCUGCAGGCCCUCUGGGGCCCUCCGCCAGCCCUGCCCGGCACACGCUGGUUAAGAAGGUGUCCGGCGUGGGUGGGACUACGUACGAGAUCUCGGUUUGAGAACUGACCGCCACCUGUCUGCUGUGGUGCCAUGGGGACCAGGACCCCACGGUGGCUCUCCCCAUCCCCACCGACUUCUCUACCCCAGAGAAAGGAGGCCGCCCAAGCCUGGUGUGGAUCAGCAGGAGAGAAAGCCACGCCUCCACAAGCUUGUCCCUGCACCCUGUGCCUGUCCAUCCACUCCUCAUGGGGAAGACAGGAUCUUGAGCAGCUGCUGCCAGGCUGCAGGCUUGUGUUUCUGUCCCUGCUGGGGCAGUGAGGGGGACCCAGACUGCCUCCUCCCUUGGCCAAGUUCAACACCACCACCCUGUCACCCUCAUCCUACCAGGCUAGUCUCCAACGAUCCCAUGGGUCCACCUGCUUCCCUAACAGAGGGUGCCUGGGGCCCUGCCCUCCCAGCUGCUCCUAACAUGUUGCCUUUCACUGACCCAGCUGGCAGCUUGUAGCUUGGCAAGGCCAAUGCUUCUGCAGCCCUGGCCUACUCUGGGUUUUGACGGAUGGAUGGACAGACGGACAGCCAGCCAGCUGUGGCAGAGGUCCCAGCUCUGUGCGUUGUCUUGCCUGGCCAGUGGGCUUGUGUCCCUAUGUCUGUGUGCUGUGCUGCCGUGCCACGUCUGAUGUGUUAGUGCUCGGCCGCCGCUGUCCCUUUCAUUGAAGCCUUAACUUCUGCUUUAUGCUCUUGUGGGAGGCGACCGGGGGGAGGGGAGAGGAAGUAAUGGGAGCAGGCACAGGGGCUACAUACAACCCCAGGGGCCCAGUGAGACCUGGAGCACCCUCCCUGCCAAACUGGAGAAUCCCCACCCCAGAUCAUACAAAGUCCCCGGCUCUAACCCGGCCGGUCCCACAUGGAAAGCACAUUGGGGAAUGGGGGAUCAGUGCUUCCCCUGGUGUCAGGGACCCGAGAGUAAGCACAUGGCAGCGUCCGCUUGCGUUGUGUCUGUUUUAUGUUUUUAUAUCUACAUCUAUAUAUCUAUAAUUUUAUUAAAAAAAGAAAAAGAGUCAUUUUGAUCCUUUACUUGGGCAAGAUCAGGGCUGUGGGUGCAGGGACCCCAGGGGGAAGGGGAGGACUUCAGUAGAGAGGGUAGCUGACUGGCUCAGGGUAGCACAUUCUUUGUGUGCAUUUCUGCUGAUAAAGCCAAGUCAGGUGAGGACUGGCAAGCAUGAGGUGUCAUUCCUGACCAGAAAAACUGGGGCUGCAGCUGUCCCAGGAGCCCCCAGGAACCAAGUGCUUGAGGGAGUUGGAGUGGGGUGCAGUGGGCUCUCCUGCUGGCUCGUAAUUGUAUAAAGGUUGCUGUACUUCAUGGAACUCGCUUUUGUCUGCCAUAUGCUAGAGAUGGGAUUGGGGAGUGCCAGGAAUCCACAGCUUUUCAGGGCUAACACAGCCUGGGCAGGAACUGAGGGGACUGGGGCAGGCCCAGUGUAGGGGCAGUUGAGAGGUUCAGGGACCCAGAGGGAGGUUCCCUGAGCUUUGGACCCCACAGCUUUGCCCUACGCUGACCUCCAUAUCUUUCUGCUUCUCUCUCAUGGAUGCCGUGGCCCACAGGGGGCGAAUGGGCACCUGUAGCCGUGGAUGGGGGCGGCGUGGCCAGCCCAGGGGGACCCCUGGCCUGCACCUCUGCCAUCUUGGCCUCCCUGAGGACCGCCCUCCACUGCGGGCCCCCUGGAGCCAGGCUGCUGGGGCACCCCC